GCGGUGGUGGCGCGUUGCCCUCUCCGCGGGCAUCAGGUAUCGCUUUGCGCCCGGGCGCGAGGUCUCUCUCUCUCUCUCUCGGCGUCCCUGGUGGUGUAGUGUUCAGCCGGCGGCGUCUCUAAGCGCUUGUGGCCGCCUUAAUGAGUAAGUCUCCGGGAGAGGCUGGUUCACGGAUGGGGGGAGCGCAUGGAAGGGAGAGGCGCGGUAGGCUCAGGCGCCCCAAUGCGCUGCUUCUCUCGCCGUCCCUCCAAAGGUCAGUCCGGGCGCUCCUGUUUUCUCUCCGAGGCAAGGAAAGGCUCUCCUCCUGGUUGAAGAUCUCGCGGAGGUCAUAUAACCGGGGUGGGGGCAGGGAGGAGAGAAGGAGACAGACUUUCCCCCCUUCGUUUUGUGCCCCUUCUUCAAAGAGGCUGGAUUUUGGAGCUGAGCAUCAGACAGGCAGGUGGACGCGCGCAAGGAUUAUUAUUAUUAUUAAACGAAUCUCUUUCAUAUGAUCAGUUGGUAUUGUCGAAAUGGAUGGUUUCAUUGAGAUUCCUGCAUUGGGGGGCGGGCGGGUUGGACUAGAUCCCUUCCAAAUCAAUGAUAUGGAAGGUGCUUACCGGUACUUGGAUCCCCCCCCCCCCGCGGGGAUCCUUGCUUCUUUUCUCCAGUGCUUUGGAGGGAACUCAUUGGUAGAGGGAAAGGCGCUUUGUGUAUGUUCAGAGGCAUUGCCUGCUUGGUCAGAUUUUCAGGGCUAUGGGGUGGUACUGGAAAUAGACGGCGCUGGUCUAUUGGUUUAUUGGAUUAAGCAUCUUGCAAUUGACUAUAAGGAGGCCCCUAUUAAAUGGACAAUUAAAAAUGAAAGUUAAGUAUCAAUUUGUUUUAACUCAUGGAUUUUGGAUAAUUUAUACCCAUGCUCUUUUUCCUUUGUUUCAAAACUAUUCUUUAGUCAUGAAAGCUUAUGCAGAUUUAAUGACAUAUCUGAUUAAAACCAAUUUGAUUCAUCCGUACAAUGACUUAUACUUGAAAGUUUCACUGCAAUCCUGACCACACUUACCUGGGAAUAAGCCCCAUUGAUUUCCUUCCUUCCUAAGAGAGGCUGGGAUGGUGAAUAUGAAGUCAACAGAAAUAUGCUUGUUGUUUCCACCUACAAUCUCUAUAUCAGUAGAUGUGGGACUUUGAUAUGGGUAUAUCCAGUAACCUUGCAGAAAUGUGAGUAAUCACUCCAAAUGCCUGGUGAUUUUACCCAUGUGGUAAAAUCUUUAUCCCUUCCAAAGUUUCUUGUUCAAACAGUAACAGAAAAUGUGGACUCUUUGGACAUGAAAAUGAUCCCGAUCAGUGCAUUGGGCAAUUUUAAUUGCAGUCAUUUAUGGAUACAUUAGGGACGCUAUGUGAUGCUCCUGUUAGCUAGCAAUUCUUUGCAUGUAUCCGUGCUGCGUAUCUUGUCAUGCUAUCAGCCGUGAAAAUGAACAGAACAUCAGUUCCUGUGUAAAUAUGUGCCACUCUUGCAAUGCCCUUGUUUCCAUCAAUUGGUGUGUGAGGGAGAAGAGAGUUGACAUAGAUUGGCACUUAUCAGCUGCACAGCUGAUAAGUUUUCUGGGUUUUUAAAGCCCAGAUUGCAUGUUAACAUAUUUUUAAAGAGCUAAAUUAGGGACUUCUAUCUAGUGCAGAAAUUUGCGUCAUUCAUCUGUAGUUACAGACCCUGGUUUGGCAAAAAGUGAAUCGAAGCCACUACUUUGUAGAUUAGCUGCUGCUUUCUCACCUGUGCAGGAUUUUCUUCUUCCAAAAAUUGAGCCGUUUUUGUUUUCUAUAAUGGCAAUUACAAUAACCCUAUACAUGUCUACUAGGAAGUAAGUCCGGUUGGGUUUAAUGGAAUGUAGUCUCUCAGCAAUGGAAAACCCUGAAGUGGUGGUUGUAAGCAGCUGCAGUUCCCAUGAUGAUGAAAACGUUUACGGCUACAAGAGGCGCCCUUCAAUGUGUCAGGAGUUGCUUCUGGAAGAUCAGCUGAGAAGGAAACUUAAAUUUUUCUUCAUGAACCCCUGCGAAAAGUUCUGGGCCCGGGGGAGGAAGCCUUGGAAACUUGGCACACAACUUCUGAAAAUUGUCAUGGUUACUAUCCAGCUGGUUGUGUUUGGGUUAAGCAACCAAAUGGUAGUGGAAUUUAAAGAGGAGAACACAGUGGCUUUUAAACAUCUCUUCCUGAAAGGCUACACAGACAGACUGGAUGACACCUAUGCAGUUUAUACGCAGAUGGAUGUCUAUGAUCAGAUCUCUUUUGCAAUAAAUCAGUAUUUACAGCUGCGUACCAUAUCUGUUGGAAAUCAUGCCUACGAGAAGAGAGGAGCCGAAGAGACACCUAUGGCCAUAUGCCAAUACUUCUACAAGCGAGGAACCAUUUGUCCUGGAAAUGACACUUUUGAUAUUGAUCCAGAAAUUGAAACUGAAUGCUUUUAUGUGGAACACAUGCUGCCCUUGGAAAACAGGACACUGGGGAAGAACAUUUUGAACUUCACUCUAGACUUCCAUAGACUCGUGACUCUGCAGCUCACAUUCAAACUGAAGGCUAUCAAUCUCCAGACGGUUCGUCAUCACGAACUACCAGAUUGCUAUGAAUUCACUCUGACAAUAGUCUUUGAUAACAAAGCACACAGUGGAAGAAUCAAAAUUAGCCUAGAGAACGAUAUUGCUAUCAAUGAAUGUAAAGACUGGCAUGUUUCUGGGUCACUACAGAAGAACACGCACUACAUGAUGAUCUUUGACGCCUUUGUCAUAUUGACAUGCCUAGCAUCCCUGGUUCUCUGCACACGAUCUGUGAUUAGAGGAGUUCGUCUGCAGAGGGAAUUUGUAUCUUUCUUCCAACAACAUUAUAAUAAAGAAAUCUCUUUCAUGGAUCAGAUGGAAUUUGUGAAUGGCUGGUAUAUCAUGAUCAUAGUUAGUGAUGUUCUAACCCUAAUUGGUUCUACGCUGAAGAUGGAGAUACAGGCUAAGAGUCUAACAAGCUACGAUGUCUGCAGUAUCCUCCUGGGAACCUCCACCAUGCUUGUGUGGCUUGGAGUGAUUCGCUACCUAGGCUUCUUUCAGAAGUACAAUCUGCUUAUUUUGACACUACGUGCGGCUUUGCCCAACGUCAUCCGAUUUUGCUGUUGUGCUGCUAUGAUUUAUCUGGGCUAUUGUUUCUGCGGCUGGAUUGUUCUGGGCCCAUAUCAUGUUAAGUUCCGUUCCUUGAACAUGGUUUCUGAGUGUCUCUUCUCAUUGAUAAACGGAGACGACAUGUUUGCUACUUUUGCACAGAUGCAGCAGAAAAGCUACUUGGUUUGGCUAUUCAGUCGGAUCUACCUCUACUCUUUCAUUAGCCUUUUUAUCUACAUGGUUCUGAGUCUCUUCAUUGCCCUUAUUACAGACACCUAUGAAACAGUUAAGCACUACCAGCAAGAAGGUUUUCCAGAGACAGAGCUCCGUGCAUUCGUAGCACAGUGCAAAGAUCUACCAAACUCUGGGAGGUACAGAUUAGAAGACGAAGACCCUGUAACAAUCUUCUGCUGCUGUAAGAGGUCUUAAUGAGAAUAGCAAGAAUUCUUGAAUAUAUCCGGAGAUUCCUGGACGGCGCUCUCAUUACAGAUACUUAACUGAACCACCAAAGAGAAAAUUCCUGUACACAAGGCACGAAACACCCACAAAGUUCCUCGCAAGAUUAGCUAACUUUAAUUACUUCCUAGUGCAUUCAUUAGAACUUCAGCAAAAAUCAAAGCAGAAUUGCCUGGGUUUAGAAGCAUUGUUGAAUAUUGGUAUAUUACUAUCAUAGUCCUACAGGCAUGAUGUGUGAAUACUGUCCACUAAUGAUUAAGGACACUAGGUGUUUUUCAAAACUGCUUUGUUUGUUCUAGUUCUGUGUACACAUCUGCAUUUCAAGUUGAGACAGUAGCCUUCUUGAUGCUGCAAUGGGUCAGGGCCAAAGUGAUGGUGCAGAGACUGUUAAAGAAAAACCUAAUGGGCUUCAGCAGGGCCUUUAUUCAGAGGGGACUCACAGGAACUCCGUUCCUGCACCUCUCAGGUGGAUGCUGUUGCCAUUCUGUGAGAAUGAGGAAGCUGUUCAUGGUGAGUUCUGGCACCUCUUUUUCUAGAAAAAUAGCACUGGGCUUCGGUCUCAUAAAAACCUCUUUGAAAAGUACCCAAUAUUUAGAUGUAGCUCAGUGUCUUAGUGGAUUAAAAGAGUUUACAUGGUAUUAAAAGUGAAAAAAUGAUGCUAAAAAUAAUGGCAAAGCACAAAAAUUACAAUUCAAGCUUUCUCUGCACUUGGUCUAUGGCACUGUGUGACCCAGCAGGUCCGUGUGUGUGUGUGUGUGUGUGUGUGUGUGUGUGUGUGAGUGAAUGAGUGUGUAUGUGCGCGCAGAAAAUAGUUCUAUAUUUAACACAUCUGCAAAUUUGGUGUCUCAAGCAUCUGCUGUUUUGGACAACAGAGCAAAAAAAAAAUGCUCCACGGUGGACAACCUGGGUAUUAUCCAGCCUAUAGAAAGUUCUGUGUUAGGUACAGAAAAGCUCUCCCCUUUAAAUCUUCUAAUAUCACUGGAAGCUGCUGUAGUCUUUGGCUAGACAGAAAAGAUUAAACCAAUGACAGUGAGGACGAGCAAACAGGGUUGGCAAGGCAGAGUAUUAUACACUCCACCAUAAAUCAUGCAGAUAGAAUUUGCCUCCUUUUAUGGCAGGCCUGGAGAACAUGUGGCCCUCCAGUUAUAGUCCUACAACAACUGGAGGGCUACAGGUCCCCAAUCUCUGCUGGUAGAUGCCUCACCUGGAAAGUCCCACUCAUAGGAAGGAGGCAGUUCCUCUUAAACACUCAAACGAAUUGAUAGCACUUAGCAGGAACAGUAGCUGGAAAAUGCUUUGGUGUGGCACUGCUUGAUUUAUUAAGUAACAGGGUAACAAGUGGGAUGGGAGGAAUGGCUUUUGGGGGGGCGUGUCUGCUUUGAGUGCCAGAUUCGCACAGGGACUAGCAAGCAAGCAUCUGGAAAAUGGGAUUUUCAUCCUUCUGAAAUAGGAGUUUGGUCAAGUUAGUUGAUGAAGAAGCAUCAAGGUGGUACCUUGGUUUUUGAACAUACAGUAAUCCAUUCUAGAAGACCUUUCGACUUCCGAAACAUUUGAAAACAAAAGCAUUUACUUCCAGAAGCCUUUACUUCUGGAAAACUCAAUACAGA